ACGCCAACGCCAACGUCGACUCCGACGCAGCAUCAGAUCUGCUAACCUGGCUCAGUUCAGCUCAGCUCAGCUCUCGGCCAUCUACUGGCAGUCAGUCUUAGUCGAACCUUUCAGCGCAACGCAAGUGCCUCGCAGCUUGCUCGGGAUCCGCGAUAUUUCGGUGAACCCCCUUGGCUCGAACGAUAAGUGGAUUGUGUCCGGUACAGACUCAGAUAUACUACCAAUCCGAUAGAUACAUACGUAUUUGCUAGCGAGCAAUUGAUCUAUCCAGCGCGUUCGCGUUCGUUUCCUAAGUCUUUUGUUUUGCCAGCAUCCCAGGAACUGGAAGUGGAUUAUCGCAACAGCGAAACGACAUUAAAAUUGUUUGCCAACUAAAUACACAUAUUUAGAACGCGAAUUCAAUGUGUGCCUGAAACACAUAAAACACAGCCCCGCAUCCACCUGGGCAAAAGAUUGCAAAAGAUUGGUCUCUAGCCUGCCCAGCAGCGAAGUAAAAGUAAACGCUUAACAAAGUAACUAGCAUUAGACAAAGGCAAAUAAAACAUAAGAAAUAAACAGUGAGCGGUAGGCAAAGGCAAACAAAACAACACCCACCUCCGGAGCACCAAAAAAAAAAAACUACAAAAUAAAAUGCUGAUAUCAACCAUUUCCACAGACUCCGCCAUGACGGCCACAAACAACGAUGGCGGCACACAGCCUAAUGCCGUGGCAGCCUGGGGCGCUCCGGCAAACGGACCCCGGAACACACAGGCCGCCGUAUCCGUGCGACAUGCCUUCAAGGCCUACGGCAAAAAGAAGAACGCCAACCAGGUGCUGAACAACCUCAACAUGACUGUGCCCAAGGGAACAAUUUAUGGACUCCUGGGAGCCUCUGGAUGCGGCAAGACCACUCUACUCUCCUGUAUUGUGGGUCGCCGCUACUUGGACUCUGGCGAGAUCUUUGUGCUGGGCGGCAAGCCAGGCACCCGAGGAUCGGGAGUGCCCGGAAAACGCGUUGGCUACAUGCCCCAGGAAAUCGCCCUCUAUGGCGAGUUCUCCAUCCAGGAGACAAUGAUGUAUUUUGGCUGGAUCUUUGGCAUGGAGACCAAGGAGAUCAUGGAGCGGCUGCAGUUCCUGCUGAACUUCCUCGAUCUGCCGUCUGAGAAGCGUCUGGUCAAGAACCUCAGUGGUGGCCAGCAGCGUCGUGUUAGCUUUGCAGUGGCUUUGAUGCACGAUCCCGAGCUGCUGAUCCUUGACGAGCCCACAGUGGGAGUGGAUCCCCUGCUGCGCCAGAGCAUCUGGAAUCACUUGGUGCACAUCACUAAGGCGGGCCAGAAGACGGUCAUCAUUACCACACAUUAUAUUGAAGAAGCGCGACAGGCGCACACGAUUGGACUUAUGCGAUCUGGGCACUUGUUGGCCGAGGAAUCCCCCAGCGUCCUGCUCUCCAUGUACAAAUGCAUCAGCCUGGAGGAGGUCUUCCUCAAGCUCUCCCGCAUCCAAAGCCAGAAGGGCGACGUGACCCAUGUGAACUUCAGUAACAACAUCUCGUUGCACGCCAUGGCCUUCGGCAGCAAGAUGGACAAGCCCAGUUCCAGCCAGGAGGGCGGUGUCGUUGGCCUCAACUUCCACCAGAGCAAGGAGGUGCUCAUCAACGACAGCAACGGAUCAAUCUACACGCUUAACCAGGAGCCGUACAGCCCCCCGCCCUCGAGGCGAAACAACAAUCCCAAUGACGAGGAGAGCUGCCAGGACUGCUACGCCAGCCUGUGCAAGGUCACCUCCAAGGGCAAGAUCCGUGCCCUGCUCACCAAGAAUAUGUUGCGGAUGUGGCGCAACGUGGGCGUAAUGCUGUUCAUCUUCGCUCUUCCAGUCAUGCAGGUGAUCCUCUUCUGCUUGGCCAUUGGACGCGAUCCUCAGGGCCUUAAUCUGGCCAUAGUCAAUGGGGAGAUGAAUAAUACGGAAACCUGCUUCUGGGAGGACGGCUGCCACUUCGCCAACCUGGGCUGUCGCUAUCUGAAUCACCUGAACACGAGUGUAGUUAAAACAUAUUAUACGGACUUGGAAGACGCCAAACAAGCCGUUAGAAAUGGUGAUGCCUGGGGUGCCCUCUACAUCAGCGAGAACUUCACGGAUGCCUUUACCGCUCGAGCUGCCCUGGGACGUGACUCCGAUGACGAAACUCUCGACCAAUCUGAGGUGAAGGUAUGGCUGGACAUGUCUAACCAGCAGAUCGGCGUCAUGCUCAAUCGGGACAUCCAGCUGGCAUACAGAGACUUCGCCAUGGGCCUGCUGGGACAGUGCGGCAACAAUCCCAAACUGGGCGAUGUGCCCAUUCAGUUCAGGGAUCCCAUCUACGGCACCAUGAAUCCCUCGUUCACCGACUUCGUGGCUCCGGGCGUGAUCUUGACCAUUGUUUUCUUCUUGGCUGUGGCUUUGACGUCAUCCGCUCUGAUCAUUGAGCGUACUGAGGGCCUUUUGGAUCGUUCCUGGGUGGCUGGUGUCUCCCCCGGCGAGAUCCUCUUCUCCCACGUCAUUACCCAGUUUGUGGUGAUGUGUGGACAGACCACUCUUGUCCUCAUCUUCAUGUUGGUUGUGUUCGGAGUGACCAACAAUGGAGACCUCUUCUGGGUGAUUGUGCUGACGCUGCUCCAGGGAAUGUGUGGCAUGUGCUUCGGCUUCCUCAUCUCCUCCGUCUGCGAGCUGGAGCGAAACGCCAUCCAGUUGGCGCUAGGCUCCUUCUACCCCACCCUGCUCCUGUCCGGCGUGAUCUGGCCCAUUGAGGGCAUGCCCGUGGUGUUGAGAUACAUUUCACUGUGCCUGCCUUUGACACUGGCAACCUCAUCGCUGCGCUCCAUCCUGACGCGAGGAUGGGCGAUACUGGAGUCCGAUGUGUACAUCGGAUACCUGAGCACGCUCUCCUGGAUCCUGGGCUUCCUGGUGUUGACACUCCUCGUGCUGCGGGCAAAACGCGGCUAGGACCACCAGCAAGGAGCAUAAUUUUAGAUGCGUACUUUAGAUUGCGAUUAGUCGUCCCCGUCGUCUUAGUUAGGUCCUCCUCGGCUUUACUUCUGUACCUUCCUUUCCUCUAUUUUUCAUACCUUUGUACGUUUAUUACUCUUUUAUUUCUUUCGAACUUUUCUGCCCAAAACGUCAUAAAUUAUUUAAGCAAUGCGCUGGUUUCCUUAGCUUUCCACCCCGCACCCUGUUUACGUAAGUUAAGUCCUGCACGUUUCGUAGUUUAAAGCGUAAGGUUUAGGCACCUAAAUGAAUUGUUGUAAAUAUUUUGUGUCACGAAUUCAGUAAUCCGUUGCUAGACGUCCAUUAUUUGCAACCCUCUGUUCUAGACCUUUUCUCGAUUCCAAAACGGGCAAUUUAUUACACACACAACAACUAAUUUUAUAUAUUUUUCAAUGGACUGUGAUUGUUUUUAUUUACAUAUUUCACGCGAAUACACGUAGGGCAAGCCUAAAGAAAAACAAAAAGAUUAAGAAAAGCGAGCAAAAAUCAAUGGUGGGUUUUGUUAACAUUAAGUAGCUUAAAACAUUUUUUGUAUGGGUUUAAGUUUUUAAGGUAAAACAUAAUUAAAUACAAUAAUGUAA